GGACAUCGGGUUCUUGUGAAACCCUGCAGGUGUGUGUUUGUGGACUUUUGUCCUCCUCUUCUACCUGUCCGGUGAGUCCGCACCUUCAGUCGGAGGGACGAUGUCCAACCUGCCGGAUGUUCCUGCUCUCCAUAAACUGGAAACAACCGGGAAGCGGCAGGAAAACAGAAUGAAUCAAUUUCCCGGAAUGUAGUUUCGUUUGGAGGUUUUUGUUUCCUCAGAGUUUGAAGAGAGUAACUGAAGAGAAAUGUCUCACAAGAGGAAGAUGUUUGCCUUCCUGCGCUCAGGCAGAGAACCUCCGCCUGAGAACAUCCACAUCUCCUGUCUGCCUCCCAGUGUUCCCACAGACCACGAGACAGAACAAACUGGAAGACAAGCUGGUGAUGUGGAGGGAGAGAACGCAGUGAUCCAGACGACACACACUCACAAAGUGUCCGCCCCUUCAGUCUUCCUCCAGAAACAGAACGAUGAACCUGUUUCUGGGACGUACUUUGAUCAGAGGGUCCCUGUUCCUGAGGACAACAGCGAGAGGUGCUUCAGUUUCAGUAAGCUGUGGGCCUUCACUGGGCCAGGGUUUCUGAUGAGCAUCGCCUACCUGGAUCCAGGUAACAUCGAGUCUGACCUGCAGUCUGGUGCUAAAGCUGGCUUCAAGCUCCUCUGGGUGCUCCUGGCUGCCACCAUCAUCGGCCUGCUGCUGCAGCGGCUGGCGGCACGGCUUGGUGUCGUCACUGGGAUGCACCUGGCCGAAGUUUGCAACCGCCAGUACCAAACGGUGCCUCGUAUCAUCCUGUGGUUGAUGGUGGAGCUCGCCAUCAUCGGCUCAGACAUGCAGGAGGUCAUCGGCUGCGCCAUCGCUUUCAACCUUCUCUCCUCGGGCAGGAUCCCUUUGUGGGGCGGUGUCCUCAUCACCAUCAUCGACACGUUUGUCUUCCUCUUCCUAGAUAAAUACGGUCUCAGGAAGCUGGAAGCCUUCUUCGGUUUGCUCAUCACCAUCAUGGCCGUCACGUUUGGAUAUGAGUAUGUGACAGUGAGACCAGACCAAGGCCAGCUGCUGAAGGGGAUGUUCAUGCCGUACUGCGAGGGCUGCGGGCCGGUCCAGCUGGGUCAGGCCGUCGGCAUCGUGGGGGCCGUCAUCAUGCCUCACAACAUUUACCUCCACUCUGCUCUCGUCAAGUCUCGAGAAGUGGAUCGAUCAAACAAAAAAGAAGUGAAAGAGGCCAACAAAUAUUUCUUCAUCGAGUCGACCAUCGCGUUGUUUGUCUCAUUCCUCAUCAACGUGUUUGUGGUGGCUGUUUUCGCCGAGGCUUUCUAUGGACGCACAAACGAAGAGGUGUACAGCUCCUGCAAUCAAACAGGAAGUCCUCAUUUAGAUAUUUUCCCUCUGAACAAUGAAACUUUGGAGGUGAACCUCUACAAAGGGGGAGUAGUGCUGGGCUGUUUCUUUGGCCCUGCAGCACUCUACAUCUGGGCCGUUGGGAUCCUUGCAGCUGGUCAGAGCUCCACCAUGACUGGAACGUACUCCGGCCAGUUUGUCAUGGAGGGUUUCUUGAAUCUGCGCUGGUCGCGUUUCGCUCGGGUGUUGUUGACCCGCUCCAUCGCCAUCACUCCCACCCUGUUGGUGGCCAUCUUCCAGGAUGUGCAGCAUCUGACGGGCAUGAACGACUUCCUCAAUGUGCUGCAGAGCAUGCAGUUGCCAUUUGCCCUCAUUCCCAUCCUCACUUUCACCAGUUUGCCAUCUCUCAUGAACGAGUUUGCCAACGGAUUAGUGUUUAAGAUCGGAGGAGGCAUCGUGAUCCUGAUUGUGUGUGCCAUCAACAUGUACUUUGUGGUGGUCUAUGUGACUGACCUCAACAGUGUGUGGCUGUAUGUGCUGGCAGCGUUCCUCUCCAUAGCAUACCUGACAUUUGUGGGAUAUUUGGCGUGGUUGUGUCUGAUCGCUCUGGGAGUUUCCUGUCUGGAUCCAGCCAACAAGAGAGGGAACGACACGACCAUCCUGAUAGAGCAGCAGCCAGAGUUUGACUCCUGAAUCAAAUGUGGACGUUUAUUUCAAAGGUGCAGCUGUGAGCAGCCUGACUGACCUUUUACUCUCUCCAGCACAUUUAGUCUUCCUAAGUGCUUCCUAGGUUUAUUUAUAGUAGAUCUAAUGAUUUUUUUUUUUUAUAAAUGGAACAGAUUAUUUUAUUUAGUAAUGAAGAAGCUGCUGUUUGUAUUGUCUGUAUCUAUAGUCACUCCUCAAUAACUGAUAAUGUAAAACAGUUCAGAUGAGUUUUGCUAAACUGACAGGUUUACAGCAUGGACCGUAAAAUAUUAUGGAUGUCACCCACUGGUUUGUGGACUGCAAUUUUGAAGCCUCGACCUUGGUAUUUCGGCUGUUGCCAUCUUGGCGUUUUGGAGCCAGAGGUGACCAUAUUUGUACAGAUGGGUGGAGCUGUGGAGGAGUGAGGAUUGGAUCUGACUGUAGUGACGCAUCACUGACAGCCUGUCACUCAAGCGAACCCACCGUUAAAAAUGCCUAACUUUAAGCCUUUAAAAAAUGUGAACGGGUGACUUACAUAAAAAUUCACAUCCGUACAGUUGUCAUGAAUGUUGAAAUCAGCUCUAGAGACCAACCGUUAUUUGUACCAGGCUGUAAACAUGUUUAUUUCUGCUGUAAAGUUGGGUAUCUUAACAGGUAUCUUAUGUGGAGUCAGCCUCAAUUGGUCAUUAGAAGAAUUGCAGUUUUUAUCACUUUACAUUUGCUUCAUUUUUCAGCCCCAGAGGUUGACACUUGGUUUAUAGGUAUGAAUGAGGGUUUUAUAAGUUCAAUAACUAUAACUAUUAAAGGUCCAGUGUGUAGGAUUUAGUGGCGUCUAGCAGUGAAAUUGCAGAACUGAAACUUUUUCCAUUGCCAAGCGUGUAGGAGAACUACGGUAUCUAUGGUAUCACUUGCUCAUAUCGAGAGCCAGUGAUUGAUUUGUCCAUUCUGGGCUCUAAAUGUUUAUAAACGGCUCAUGUUAAGGUAAAGAAAACAAAACAAUUCUUAGUUUCAGGUAAUUAUAAACUAAUGGAAACAUACUUCUGGCAAAAGAUGCCCCUUAAUCUGACACACUGAACCUUUAUCCGGUUAACCCGAUAGUCACCAGGUCCCCUUUAAUGUCAGCAUUAACAGUAGGACAAAUGAACACAUGAUAUAUCACCUCACUGUCUGACAUUGCAUCACUCUGCAAUUAUUAAUACUACAGCCAAUGUGCACCAUGUUAUUGUAGUGCCCUGUCUAAAUCAAAGAACAAGAUAUAAGAUACAUAUAUGUAUAGAUUUACCACUUACUAAAUAAUGUAAAUUUUCACAAUAAACAUUUUGUGGAUUACUGUAAAAUAAGGUAAUCCAUAACAAUAAAUCUCACUUUACAACAUGAUACAAAACUAUCUCAUGAUUUCUGCAGGUUCACCAAGUUAAGUAAAACCUUUUUAACGCCACAUAAAUUAAAUUUCUGUUUUGUGAUCAAAUCAGGCAAAGAAAGUAUAAUAGAAAACCACAGGGACAAUGUGGCCUACAAUUAUUCAUUAUUGUAUCACCCUUUUUUUCAGUACUUUUCCAGCUGUAUGUAACUAUAAUUCCUAAUGCUAUAAUAAUUAGAUGAACGGGACCUGUAACCAGAUAAUCAUUAAAAAGCACAAUAAACUCAUGCAACACCCUCAAUUCCACUUUUAGUUUAUAGGUGAACAUCUCCUGAACGCCUGCAAGAGAAUAUUUAAGACUUUUACUAAUUUAAAUAAGAGUUUUUUAAAGGUAUACUUUGCUGGAUUUUCCCCCAAAAACAAUUUCUAUACAAUGUAUAGAGUGGUGCAGGAAUGAGUCCUAAAACACAGAGGUGAGUUGGCAUCUUUCACGUCAGGUUCCCUCGUCUAAAGGUCGAAGGGUUUUUGGUUAGAUGUCUAAAAUAAGGUCUGUGGUUCACACAAGCUUCAGAGACUUUCACAUUUGUUCUAUGACAUAAAACACAUCAGUAAAUACCCCACUUGUGAAUUUUGAAGCUUUUAUGUGUCUUAAAAAAGGUGAUUGCUAACAUGUGGCUAAAUGAGACUACAGAUCGCCAUUACUCCGAAAACGUCUUUUACAAUCUCGUUGUGGUGGCUAUGAUGAAGCCAUGUGACAGUGGUGUAGCUCGUUUAUAGCCUAAUGUUGGCUUUAUACUUCUGGCAAUUGCAUUUACACUUCAAAAAUCAUAAAAGUGGUGUUCAUUCGUGUAGAUGAUCUUGCUUGCCACAGAGCUUAUUUUCUGCAAUAAUCCAAAAUCCAGUGUGAAAUCCCAUUGGCUUUUUGACGAGGGAACCAAGGUGAUACUAACUUGCGCAUCAGCCUGCAGAAAACCUCAUCCUCAGUGCACCCUAUGGACUCAUAAAGAAAUAAUCACUCUCAAUCAUCACUUAUGACCCACUCUCAGUGUGUGGCGGUGCAUUUUCCUGCAGAGACUCUGCCCUCUGCCUGUAUUUUCUUAAUUUAUUCUUUUUCAGGGAUGUAUGGGCGUGUAUCCACACAGCACUCAGGUGAGCAAAAAUAAUUAGGGUUUGGCUUUUAGUUUCACUGUCUCUGCGAGCGUGUUUACAAGCAGUGACCAACAAUCCUGCAUAAUAUAUCUUUAAACCCUCUGAGGACUGUUUUUUUUGUCCUUUGAGGAAACUGAAUUCAUUUUUCAGACUCAGUGCAGUUCCUCUUUUGGCCACGGGGAGGCAGUACAGGCCACCAGAGAGGCUCCUCAGAUACAGUAAAUGUCUCACCACCAGAGCUGAACAACAUAACAACACAUGAAAUGACACAGUGUGUUACAUCACAGUUUAUGUGUUGUUCAGCCUGCACAGGAACAGCAUUAUAGUGUCAAACAAAACAAACUAAAUGAGCUGCAGUGCAUUGACGCUAAUGUUCCUGUGCGUUCAGAUGUGUGUGACAUGCCUGUGGUGGUGGUAUGACUGCAGAGUUGCAACUAUUGUGAAACAGUAAGCAAGCACUGCUGGUUUCAGUGUUGCCUGAAUUCCUGUCCUGAAGUGCUUCAGCAUUUGCAAGCCGAGGAGAGGCGGACGGACAGGUUUUUCUUUGCAUUGUGGCGGGGAACUUUUUUUUUCCUGUCAUGGAGGCAGAGUUAUGUAAGAGGGGAGAGUCUUCCCACCGCCCCUCUCUGUUUUUGUUUUUCUCAAUGAGCCAAUGUCUCCCUGCCUAGGCCUCACAGCCUGUCCAGUAGGCCCCUUUCCUGGAAACAUAGCCUAGCAGAGGCCACUCAGGGGCAGGCCUGCGAGCUGGGAGGGUAGGGGAGGAGAGGAGGGUGUGAGGGGGGAGGGAGAGGGAGGGUGGGCUCUUCCAGCAAAUCACAUGAUUGUAGACCCUACAGUCCCAGCCCUACAUGAGGCUCAGAUGCUGCAAGCACAUUUCAACAGCUAGUUUGUCAUCAACAUGAUUGGAUGUAGCUAAUGCAUGGCAGAGUGCAUGGGGCUGUAAGUAGACGCUGUGGAUUCCCAGGUGUGAAAUGUAGAAAUAGAACCACAACGCCUGAUGGAUGGAGUUUAUAUUUGUGUGUGUGUGUGUGUGUGUGUGUGUGUGUGUGUGUGUGUGUGCAAGAGGUUAAUGUGAUUUUAUUUUUUGCCAUUUAUGUCAACAUCACCACUGAUUUUGGCUACACAGUAACUUGAUGAACAGCUUUGUACAGAAUAUCUUUUAAUCUUUGUGUGUGGCCUUGGUGAUAUAUGAACAGAUUUUUUCAUAAGAUAUUUUAACAGUGUUGUAUUUGUGUAUUUGCUUUAACAUGCUGUGACUUAAGUUGAUUUAUUUUUGCCAAAAGACGUCCUUGAUGCAUUUACUACAGCAGAAAACCCAGUGUUGUUUUAUUACUGUGGCUUUCCAGGACUGACUGAUUUAAUGAACUGCAAUUAUAAAAAUCAUUCAAUGCGUUAUUGAAUUGUAAACAAACAGUGGCACUGAACAAACACAAUAAACCACGACAUGGAAACACA